AUGUCAGUUAAAAACGUAUAUUUAGUAGCAUACAAUGUUAUCCAAACUAUUGGAUGGUCAUAUAUUUUAUUUUUAUUAAGUGUUCAUCUUUUUGAAACCAAAUCACCAAUUGGAGUUUGGGAAAAAGUUGGAGAUUUAGUUCGUAUUUUCCAAUAUGCUGCAGUUUUAGAAAUUGUUCAUUCGGCUUUAGGUUUAGUUAGAACAUCAGCAGUUACAACUUUUAUUCAAGUUUUCUCACGUGUUGCCUGUGUUUUUUUAGCUGAUAACAUCCCAUCCACACAAAAUCAUUUCUUCCUCUCAUUAAUGUUAAUGUCAUGGUCAAUCACCGAAGUUAUUCGUUACAGUUUCUAUGCUCUUUCAAUUCUCAAAAUCGAUCUCUACUUUUUAGGUUGGUUAAGAUACACAACUUUCAUUGUUCUCUAUCCAACUGGUGUUACUGGUGAAACUGGUACCAUUUGGAAUAGUUUAGAAUUUGUUAAAAGAACUGGUUUCCUCACUCUUUCACUCCCAAAUUCUUUAAAUUUUGGUUUCGAUUUUUACACUGCUCUUAUUUGUUCAUUAGGUUUCUAUGUUGUUGGUCUUCCAUAUCUCUACACCUAUAUGCUUGGUCAAAGAAAGAAAUUUAUUGCUUCAAAUAAAAAACAAAAAACAAAUUAA